AUGCGUUGGCUCCUCCCCGCGGGCGCCUGCUUGGCGGCCUUGGUGGCUGCGGACGGCGGGACGGACUUUGGGCAUUGGAUAACUCAAUCAGGGGCGUGCAGGGACUAUUCCGGCAGCAACGUGAAGUCCGAACCACUGCCAGACAUCGCUCGUUUCAGCGCGUGCCAAGAUGCUUGCAUGGAAGACUCACUCUGCGAAGCUGUGGAGUGGCUUGGCCCUUGCCGCGCUGCCGCCCUGGUACAUUGGGCAGAUCUUAGCAUGAUAUCAGGUACCGAUGCCCAGCCAUGUUUCGAUUCCCUGUUCAAACCUGUUUGGUCAUGCCUCGCUACCGGUUCAAAGACAACGGUGGUGAUCAAUCAACUGGUGUGGAGUCAGAAUGCAGGCAUAGGCAAGGUCACACCUGGCAGUGAACUUGUUAGACUCAGUGGACUUAUCCCCCCUGAAGCCUUCAACGCGUCCUGUGUCACUGUGGUUGAUGCUGUGUUCUUGUCUGCUGCCCCGAUUGUGGAUUUGGAGUUGAAUGACAGCUGCACCGUCCUUUGUCAUUGUCCUGUUACCUUUGACCGUCUGUUCAAUUUGGUUGAGGUUUGUGCUGGUGCUGGACUUUCGUCUUUUGGACUGGAGCGUGCUGGUUUUCGUCACUGUUGUUCGGUUGAACUCCAACCUAAGUUGGCAGCCUUGCACCGUCAACUCCAUGUCAAUGUCCCAGUCGUUUGCGCAGACAUCACCCAAGAUGAUGUGGCAGCCAAGGUUUUUCACCACUGUUCUAACCCAGGUUUGCUUAUGUCCGGCGUUGCAUGUCAGCCAUACUCCAGAGGUGGUCUCCAACAUGGGGAAGACGACAUGAGAGCUGGAACCCUUCCGGCAACACUGAGGUUGGCACACCAUUUGCAAGUUCCGGCUCUGAUCAUCGAAUGUGUGACCCCAGCUCAGGCAAAUGGAUAUGUCCAGAAACACCUUGCAGCCUUUUCGGAACAACUUGGAUUCAAAGUAGUCCAACGUACGUUGAAACUGGAGAAUGUUUGGUCAGCUCUCAGGUACAGAUGGUGGGUCUUGGCAACUCAUGACACCAUUGGAUCAGUGAAGAUCCCAGCAUGGCCAACACAAUCGCCACUCCUUGUACGUGAUCUCAUGCCAUAUGUCAAAAGAUGGCCAGAAGAUGAUGAGAACCAACUUCUUUUGAACAACCAGGAGUUAGAGCGUUUUGAAUUGGCUGGGCAACCGCUCAGUUCUUGGCACCACUUACACGUCCUUGAAGUUGCACUUCUGAACGGAGUCCCAGCCAUGCACCAGUGGAGCACAGACCAGAGGCUCAACCUUUGUGCAAUCGGGCAGAUGGCAGCCCCCAUGCAAUCGUUGUGGGUAGGAGUUUGCGUUGCCGAUGACACAGGUGUUGUGAUCCAUCAGGAACUUGCACUGGCCAUGUUUGCAUCCGUCCAGGUACGAACAUCCGAACAGAUGUGUACAGACCAUGCCAUGCCUGCAGCCGAGUCCCUGUCAUGUCCCCUGUCGGUCGUCGCGUCCAGUAUGGAAAAUGCCAAGCCUACAGCCGAGUCCAUGUCUGGUCCCAAGACUGCCGUGUCGUCUUGUACUGACCUUGUCAUGUCAUGUGCCGAGCCAGAGUCAGGUCCUGAGUCAGUAGGUUGCCGUUGCCUGGAGGAUGUCGUCCUGCCGACCCAACCAGAUGGCCCGGAUGUUGAAAUGACAUCAGUUGAACUUGAUGUCCCUGGAAUCAUUUGCCCUGCGGAUGGUCCCGGUCAUGUCCUCCACCCAUGCCCGCCGUCCAACCAAGAUGCCAUGGUCUUGCACUUGCAGACAAUAGUCACGCAACAUGGAGGUGGGGACCUUGCAGUUUUGGAUCCAUUGCUUGCCACAACAUGCCUGCUUACCAACCAGACUGCAGCACUUGAAAGCUGGCGCGCCCAACAUGCCACCGCAGCCAAGAUUGCAUCCGUUGUUCUGCAUGACGGUCAUUGGACACCGUGUUUGUGGAUUGCCAGAGUGGAUAAGGUUGAGGUUCUGCUUUGGGACCAUGAAGAAACUGAUGUCAAUCCACUGAACCCACUGCAUGGCAUGAUGUGCAGGGUUCUUGGGGUUGCUGGCUUUCAACUCGUCACGACACGUCGCCAAUUUGGAAAGAACAUGUGUGGUGCUGCAGCCAUUGUUUUUCUGAAGUCCCUGCUGAAUGGAGUCACACUGCCAAGCACUGAGGAAGCCUUGCAGCAACAAGCCGAUGGUCUCAGACUGGAUUUUCAACUGUCCCACCUUGAUGUCACGCUGGUUACCAGACCAUGGAGUUGGGGUGCAGGUUCUUUUGAUGUUGUCAGUGUCACGUCCACAUUGUUGCAACAACAUGGUGUCCCUGCAGCCGCGUCAGUUGCCAGAGCAAAGUUACUGAUCCAGGGCAUUGGUUUUGACCCAAUCAAACAAGCUGUCCAAGGUGGGUCACCGUGGAAGACUAUCAAAAGUCUAGCAAACCAACAGCAACCACCCUUUCAGCUUGUCUUGCCAGAUGAACUUGCCACAGCCACUCAGGACCGAAAAGCGAAACAGCCCAAAGGUAAGAAGAAGCAGCCACAGAAGUUCCAACCAAACCAAAGCAAGACCUUUGAUGUCGAUCCAGCCAGAUUGAUGAUUGCAGAAGACACUUUCCGCACCGGAGAUGGUGUCUCAGCCCAUCAGAUUGCAUUGUCCCAAGUCGGUCCCCUUGCAGUCGGUGUUGCACUGGUUUCCUACCAAGAUGCCCUGCCAUUCCUACAGGCAGGUAAGCUGUUGACUCACCAAAGUUUGGCACUGCUGAUUGUCAAUGGCCCGGAUGAUUUGCAGACAACCCUCCCGUGGUCCACAUUGCGGUUUGCAGCCAAAUGUUCUGUCAAUCAACAACCAGUCUUGCUGUCAGGGUUUUUGGUCCAACUUGGAAGUGUCCCAGUCGAGCCCUAUUUCAAGACCGAUGGAUCAGCUGUAGGAAAUGUGCCUGUUGCAUGUGCCCGUCUCACGGUUUAUGCUGACCAAUGGCCUGGGGACUGGAGUGAGUUUGCUGACCACCCGUUCAAACAAAUGCUCGCCCUCUUGCAGCCUCUGCAGACAUGCAGGAAAGAGAACUGUCAGUGCGAUCUUUGGCAUCAGGACCCACAACUCCCUGCCACUGAGGUCCUCUUAGACGUUUUUCGUAGACAGUUUUUCACUGAUGGGGGCCGACCAACAAGACCAGCCAAUGCAACGCAUUUCAGCGUUCAGGUCAGAUAUCUGAAAAUGCAGGAAACGGCCUUACUCCGUUUGUCAGGACACCAUGGACUUUAUGUUGAACCCCGUGUUCCAGAUGCCACAGUUCCCAGCGAUGAAUACCAAGUGGUCUGGCUGCCUCAAGCCACCUUUCCGACUGCGCAGCAUCAGUUGCAAUGUGAGCCCAUGGGCAUUGGCCUAGCAAGAUCAGGAGCACGGUAUGGCAUUCGUGUCACCGCAGCCCAAUACCAACAGGUGUUCCAAAAGCUGGAACCGGAUGGACUUUUCCUUUCACCAGGUACCCGACAGGUGUGGCACUGUGGCCCUUGGCCCUAUGGAUGUGAUCGCAAGUCUCUCAGCAGGGUUUUCAGUGAUUGGAAGUGGCAGGCACGCCCUUUGCAGCCAGCCAAGCCCAUCAAUGGUGGACUCAUGUGGUUGAUACAAUCGGUGGAAGACCCUCCCAACACCGUUUACAACAUGCAGCAUGGGCAGGAUCCAUGGCAACAGGCCUUGCACAAAGUGCCCAUGCCAGCUGCACCAAGUGUUGUCACCAACUGGCAAGAGAUGGAGGACAGAGUGGCUCAAUCAGUGUUGCAGAAGUUGCCUCAAGACCGCAUGGAAGUGGACGACACCUCAGACCGUUUGCACCUUUUAGAGACACAGAUGCAGCAAUUGACCUCGCGUCAGCAAAACCUUGAGAGCUCAGUGACCGAACACCACAAGCAGCACACCGCCCAGGUCUCCAGCCUUCAGGCCCAGAUGAUGUCCCAAAUGGAAGUACAAGGGGUUCAGAUAGCCCGCAUGUUUGAGGAUCAAAUGACGAAGUUGGAAGGGUACAUGGCUGGUGAUUGGAACCAUGACAUGCCACAGCUCAGGGCCACCCAAAUUUUGAGUAACCUAGGCUUUGGUGACCCAGUGGUUGUUCCAGUUUGUCCUCCUGAUGCCAUGACUGCACUGGCGUUUUGUGAAGCCUUUAACUGUGAACUCCGUAGUCUUGAAGUCACCCUUAAUGCUGCCCGCCGCACUGCCAAAACCAGCAUGCACCUUAGUAAUCCCAACCUGGUUUAUAAAGACACCCGCCGACCCAUGCCUGAGCCAGUGACUAGCCUUCUUGACACCACAGCAGCAAAAGUCACUGACACGGAUCCAGAAGCAGUUGCGGUUGAAUUUGCACCCGAGUGCAGUUUUGAUCCUUUGAAGCCAGUUGUUGUUGAUGGCCAAGCUGUCUCCAUCAUCCACGCCACUGACGACAAACUGUAUUUGGACUCCAUGCCCAAAACUCAGCCAGGAGGGAAAGUGACACAGACCAAACCAGUGGGUUCACUACAGGCUAUUUUCCAGGCUUUUCAUGAGCAAUGGCAAAAGAGAUGGUGCCGCCAUGAUGCCAUUCCACAUAGCCACUGGAAGCAGUUGGUGGAAUUUGCACGACAGCAUGUCCCACAUGAGCCCACCAGCCCUUUGCGCAUCACACCUGAGAUGUUGCGUGCAGAAGUUGCCUCUAAAAAAGCCCAUGCUGCUACUGGCCUUGAUGGUGUUAGUAGACUGGAUGUUCUCCAAGCUGACCCCCACCAACUUGCGAGUUUUUGCUCCAUGUUUGCCCGGGCGGAACUUAGUGGUGACUGGCCUCUUCAAACCUUGACAGGCAGAGUGGCUUCGUUGGCCAAACGUGAGGGGGCUGAAUCCACCAAUGAUUACAGGUGGCCGGUUUUGGCCACGGCAGUUCAUGCCGGCACUCCACAGCCAGUCAUGCAAGCUUGGACUGGAGCCUUAGCAGCCAUGACAAGGUGUUUCAAGGUCCGUGACUCCUAUAGCCCAGGUUUUGUUACUAGCACUGGCCUUGCAGAGGGUUGUGCCAUGUCUUGUUUUGGUAUGUUGCUCCUCGAUGAUGUCAUGCACAGGUUCAUGGCAGCCCAAUACCCCACUUUGAGGGUGCUCAGUUUUGUUGACAAUUGGGAUUUUAUGACAUGGGACCCAGAUGCCGCAUGUAAACAGCUGGACGCCCUGCUUGCCUUCACCAAGCUCGCCGACUUGACGGUAGAUCGUAAGAAAACCUUUGCAUGGUCAACCGACCCUGAAGUGCGAAGGCAGCUGCGUAGCACAGGUCUUCCAGUUCUUCAGCACACCAAAGACUUGGGAGCACACAUAGCUUUCACCAGACAGCGAACAAACAAGUCCAUCACAGGCCGCCUGGAAGAUCUCACUGACUUUUGGGAUCAACUCAAGCGCAGCCGUGCAGGCUACAAAGCCAAACUCAGAGCGGUUAGGACCGUAGCUGAAACCAGACUCCAAUGCCCCCUGGACUUUUGGGCUAGUCAAGUUUUCCCGGCGGCGAGCGGUUGUAAAUGGUGCGGGGCCAAAGAUUCGCUGCAACAUCGGUACUUUGAGUGCCUGCAUACGGAAGACCUGCGGCUUCAACAUGCACCGCUCAUCACUGCCUUGCGUCCCCAGCUGCCAGAUGCCUUGGUUUUGCGCUCUUGGGCUCUCCUGCCGCCCACUCACUUUGCGUGGCUCCGUCUGUUGGAUUCUGUUCCUACUGUUUGUCCUCCGUUGGGUGCUCCGUUUCGUUCCUGUGGCUGGUCUGAGGUUUUCACUGAUGGCUCUUGUUUGUGGCAGUCGAACCCCGGUUUCCGUGUGGCGGCUUGGGGAGCCAUCCUUGCCAGUCCGUGUGAUCCUGCUUGGAAUCUGUCCUUUGACGGGGUGAUUGGUUCCGGGUGUCUGCCAGGUCUUUGUCAAACGUCCUACCGUGCUGAGUUGUACGCUGUUGCCUAUGUUUUGCACCAUGCAGCAAUUGGAGGCUUCAGGGUAAUUUUUUUUUGUGACUGUUUGGCGGUGAUAAAUAGGUAUCUCACUUCUGGGAAAGUGACGCUGAAAUGCAACAGUGCCAGCUCCGACCUUUGGUACUGGAUACUGCAAUCAGUUGACAGACUUGGAGAGGCCAAUGUGAAGCUGAUCAAGACGCCGGCGCACAAAACCAUUGCCCAGGCGAGAGACAGAAGGGAAGCAUGGAUGUUUUGGCACAAUCAAGAGGUUGACAAGCUUGCGAAAGCGACCAACAUGGCCAGAUCAGAGGCGUUUUGGACGUUGUGGACGCAGCACAGACAGAAUGUUUUAGCCGCGGAGGUCUUACACAACCAAGCUGUGGAGCUCCACCUUGGGGUUGCGAGACGAAGUAUCAGUUCAAGUGCGGAAGAGACUCUGGAUGAGGUGACUCUGCCCAGCGAACCUGGUAAGCCACAUGCCCGAGAGUUCCCUACACAGUUUGUUGUUGGAAGCUGGAGGGGUGGAAUUCCGCCCGCCUUGUCUCAGGAAUAUGGUUAUGGGCUCACUAGCAGACUGGAAACUUGGUGGCGCACACGCACGUCGGCGCCCACGGCUGGAUCAGUGCGAUGGAUAACUUUUGUUCAUUUGUACAUUGAUUACCAGCUGGCGUUUGGCGCUGAACACUGGUUGCUGACACAGUUGGAAGGCUUCGAACGAAAAUGGCCUCGCUCCGCACCACGAGCAGGCCACUUUGGGAAAGGUGUGGAAAGGUGGUAUCGUGAGCAGUUCCUCGGAGCACACUGUCAUCGCAUUCCCCCGCGUCCCGCGUAUGAAAUGGCCCAUCUCACUGGGGAGACCUCACACCCGCCUUUUCAAGGUGGGGCGGAGCCAUAUGAUGCUCAGUGCGCCUUCCGAUUGGGUUGCCGCGACGCAUUUUCCCACUAUGAGGGUUAUUGCAAGGAUUUCCAGAAUCGUGACGUGAUGGGCGAUCCUGUCCCUGCCGUCGAAUCACUUGAAGCAUGCCAAGCAGCCUGCAGGGCGGAUGAUGGCUGUGAAGGAGUCGACUGGUAUCCAGACACACAAGGCUGGCAAAACCACAAAUGCCACAAGCUCCCGGGAACGCCUGGCACUGGUUCUGGUGGCUCAUCCAGUUUGCAGGUGGUACAAGGCGGAGGCAAAUGGUUGGAUGCACAAUGCUAUGUGCGGCACUGCUUUGGAGGACUAGCACGACUCAGAAAUGAUCGGUGGCAGCACUUCACUGGCUAUUGCAGGGACAUGACUGGAACCGAUGUGAAGGGAAAUCCAGUGAACUUGCACCUGUCAACACUGGAAGCUUGCCAAAGUGUUUGUUCUGAGGACCUUUCGUGCGAAGCUAUUGUGUGGUAUCCGGAGUCUAGGGGAUAUGGAGGGGUGAAAUGUUGGAGGUAUCCACCUGCACCUGGAUCCACCCACAGUGGACGCGGUGACUCCACAGAGAUGCCGUCCCAGGGUGGUGGAAACUACUUGGAUGCGCAGUGUUACCUUCGCUUCGGUCGAGACAGCUUCACACAUUUUGACGGUUUCUGUACGGACCGUGACGGUGUUGACGUGAUGGCAGAUGCGGCUGGCAAAACCACAAAUGCCACAAGUUCCCGGGAACGCCUGGUUCUGGUGGCUCAUCCAGUUUGCCGGUGGUACAAGGCGGAGGCCAUUACCUGGACGCACAAUGCUACGGAUUGCACUUUUCAUACAACAGAUUUUCCCUUGCCUGCCGAGAAGCUCCAGACCACAAAUGGCCUGACAAUGAGACGCAACAGCCGCAUCAUCCUGGUCAACGAGGAGCAGCCUGCCCCUGUGGGUGAUGAACCAUGGUUUGGAAAGACCUUGUACCCACUGACCAAAGAUGCUGCAGCUGAGUUUGGCCAAAGCUACGUUGGCGACCUGUCCAAGAAGUUCAACAACAAAACCAUCCGAAGCCGUGGCCAUAUCUGGUCUGCCCAAGCUGCACCCAAGAAGAAGAACGUCAAGGAUUCAGCUGACCUGAAGGAAAGCCGAAUGAGUCUUGAAGACCGCCUGGCGUUCAUCGAGGGCAAGAAAGCUGAGUUGGCCUCCAUUUUUGAGAAUCAAGUUUGUCAGAUUGAGCUCCAUCCUGAGAAGGUCGAUUGGAACCGCGUGAUGAAAGCACGGUUUGUGCUGAAGUGGUCUGCCGACAACAAUGGCAACCCACGCGCAAAAGCACGUUUGGUUCUUCAAGGAUUUUCUGAUCCAGAUCUACUACGAGGAGAGCUUGACACAUCUUCCCCUACUUUGAGCCGGUCCUCACGGCAGAUUCUCCUGGCCAUUGCAACUUGCAAAUCCUGGCUCAUGUUCAUUUCUGAUGUUGCGACAGCCUUUCUUCAAGGCGAUCCCCAGAAGCGAAUUUUGUGGGCCAGAAUUCCCAAAGACGCUUGCCAGCUGAUUGGUGUGCCAGCCGGUACACUGAUGCGACUUCUCAAAUCCAUUUACGGGCAAGCCGAUGCUCCAAGAUGGUUUCAAGUUGCUCGCAGAAGAUUGAUUGCUGCAGGGUACCAACCACAUCCACUAGAUCAAUGCCUUUAUUGCCUUUUUCAUGGUGAUCAAUUGGUUUCAAUGAUCGGCAUUCAUGUCGAUGAUCUCAUCGGUGCUGGACUUGAAUCCGAUGAAGUCUACCAGAAGGCAAAACAGGCUCUUCAUGAGAGUUUCAACUUCAAACAUUGGACUGAAGGAAAAAAAACUGGUCAACUACAGUUUUGCGGUUGUGACCUUGAGGAUGAUGGCAAAGGUGGCUGGUGGUUGCGCCAACAGGCAUAUGUCCAAAAGAUCAAACCUUUGACCUUGAGCGAUUCAGAUGAGAAUCGUGAAUUGACUGUCAAAGAAGUGACAAUGCUCCGUGGACUUCUAGGAGCGCUUCAAUGGCCAGCAACCCAGACUUCACCUCACCUCAGUGCAAGCGUGAGUCUUUUGUGUGGCGAAGUGAGCGCCGCAGCAGUUUCCACAGCUACCCAAGCAAACAAGCCGCUGAGAUUUGCCAAAGCCAACAGCGACGUUGGACUCCAAUUUUCUGACCUUGGCCAGCUACAUGAGCUAUGCAUGAUAGCCUUGAGCGAUGCAGCCUGGGGCGUUCGAAAGAACCAUGAGUCCCAAGGCGGCUACUUUGUUUUGCUGAUGAAUGUGAAAGCCCUGCAAGGUCAAUUGGACCAACCCUACGUUGUUUUGGACUGGCGAGGCUACAAACUCCCCAGAAUCAGCCGCAGUAGCCUCAACUCUGAAGCACAAGCAUGCGCUGGCGCGAUGGAUGCCCUUGAGUAUCUCCUGAUCUUCUGGCAUGGAUGUGUGACUCCUGGCUUUGAGUUGCGCCACUUGGACGUCCACGACAUCCAAAUGCAGUCAGCCUUGGUGGUCAACGCGAAGGCACUCUACGAUAGCCUGAAAGCUGAAGUUCCACAGAUGCAAGGCGACCGAAGAUCCAAGAUUGAGGUCAUGGUUGUGAAACAGAAAAUGGAUGAGAUGAGAACGAAACUGAAAUGGAUUUCAUCAGAGACCCAACUGGCAGAUGGUGUUACCAAAAUUGCAGCACGGCAAUUGCUUGCAGAGCGCUUACGGUCCCAUGUCUUCUCCCUGCACUCUGACCAGAGCUUCCAAGCAGCGAAGAAGAAUACCCUUGCUGAACGCCAAGCUUAG